AUGAAUGGAGCAGUCGAGGCGGCAAAUAAGAACAUCAAGAAGAUCCUAAGGAAGAUAACAGACAGUCAUAGGCAGUGGCAUGAAAAGUUGCCAUAUGCUUUGCUUGGUUACCACACCACCGCUAGAACAUCCACAGGAGCAACUCCCUAUAUGCUGGUCUAUGGUUCCGAAGCUGUGAUACCCGCAGAAGUAGAGAUACCUUCUCUUAGGAUUAUCCAAGAUGUUGGUUUGGAAGAUGCAGAAUGGGUACGUAGCAGACACGAACAGCUGAUGCUCAUUGAUGAGAAAAGGAUGGACGCUGUCUGUCACGGUCAGCUUUAUCAAAACAGGAUGUCCAAGGCAUUUAACAAGAGAGUAAGGCCUAGGAAAUUCGAACCAGGGCAGUUGGUUUUAAAGCGAAUAUUUCCUCAUCAGGACGAAGCUAAAGGGAAAUUCGCACCAAAUUGGCAAGGUCCAUACGUGGUUCAUCGAGUGCUUUCAGGAGGAGCAUUGAUUUUGGCAGAAAUGGAUGGUAAGGUGUCUCCAGAAGCAGGGUCAAGGUCGAUUAUUCGAGAGAUAGGGGGCCCCCGUAGCAGCCUUAUGCCUUAA